ACUCAGGUCAGACACAGAGAGAGGAUCAUUGACCGGCGCACCUCUUUGACUCCGAGUCUGUCGCCACUAAAACUUUUAUGAACUUUUAAUUUAAACUCUUGAUUUUUCUUUUUCUUCCGCUUCCUGAAAUGCCGACCACCGGCGGCUCUCCAGCCUCUGACGGGAUGUACUCCCAGCUGAUAGACGACGAGGCCAAUUACGACGAGCAGAGCCAUAAACCAGAUGUGGGACGCAGCGCUCACCCAGUUUCCUCGGUCAAAGUGAACCCCACACUGAGUGGCCCCGGCCGCUACCGCUUAGCCACGAUAUGCCUGGCCGCGCUGUGUGUCAUCCUGCUGAUCUCCAUCAUAGCCGUCGCUGCUCACAAUAAGAAUAAAACACCUCAGGGCAGUGGUGAAACAGCCCCAGAGAUUCAGAAGCAGACGCAGGACACAAACGUGACGGCUCUGAUGGCCACCAUCACCAAACUGCAGCAGGAGAAGAAGCAGCUGCAGAAAGAGAGAGAUGAGCUGCAGAACAAACUGGCCAUGAAGACGACCACUAAAGUUCCGGAGGUGGUCAGACCGACAUCCAAGGCGGCCGUUGCCCCCAUCGUCUGCCCCCAGAACUGGCGUCUCUUCAACAACAGCUGUUACUUAAUCUCCACAAACACAUUGGGCUGGUCGGCCAGCCAGAGCUACUGCCAGAGCAAAGGAGCUCACCUGGCCAUCAUCCUCACGGCUGAGGAGCAGACUUUUCUGUGGAAUCUUCUUCCCCGAGGACACUGGAACUCCUACUGGUUUGGGAUCACAGACGGACAAACAGAGGAUGUGUGGAAAUGGGUGGAUGGAACUCAAGUAGUCGGAGGUUUCUGGGAGGUGGGCGAACCGAACAACCACAUCAACGAGGACUGCGGCUACAUCGUGAAAACACAGGUGUUGGAGCGGGUGGCGAUUCGGAGCUGGUACGACGCCCCCUGCUCCAUGUCCUUACCCUUCAUCUGCGAGAAAGAGAUGUAACACUGAGACGGCCACAUGCUAACCAGGCUAAUGAGAGGAGGAAGACGACGGAGCAGUCGGUAGAUUUUAAACUUUUGUGCCAGUUUUCUUAGAAAAAAAUAAUCUUUUUAUGAUCUGAAACAAUUUAAAUCAUCAAAAAUCUGUCGUCUUCCUCAUUCGUUCUUCCUCACUCAAUCAAACAUAAUGACUCAGAUGAUCCACUGUGUAUUUUAAUUCAUGCUCUGCCCUGUUCACACUGGACUAGUUUUAUCUGGGACCUCUGGUCAUUUGUAGUAAUAUCAGAGGUCGUCUUUGAUCUUAAUCCCAUGCGAAGUAGAACUGGUCUGUUACUGUUACUUCUAACACAGAGACCUGAGAUGAAACGAAUCCAGUGUGAAUCAGCAUCUCUGUGAUUUUACUUUACAUUUAUUUGAUCCCUUUUUUUUUUCUACCUCUUUCCGUAUAAGAAUUCUGAAGGUAAGUCAAAGAUGUUAGGGAGCAAAGUGGAGACGUCUCUCACCCAGGAUGUUUUAUUUUCAUGUUUCAUGUUUUCAUGUUUUUAUCGUCAGUUAAAAUGUUACUACUAACUGGAGCUGUCAGUGUUAAUUGUGCUCUGAGCUGCGGCAGAAACAUAACUGCGUUUAGUAAAAUUUGAGUAAAACCCAGAGUUUGAUUAUAAUGAAUGAAAAAAUGAAAAUGACACACAGGGAGGUUGUUUAUUUGUUUCUGAAUCACAUGACGUCGCCAGGUCAAACUAAUUCCAUGCAAAUAGGACACAGACUUUACUAAAACAUGUUAGAUUCAUGUAAUGUGUAUUUUAAAAAAAAAUAAAAUUAAUUUGUGGGGGAAAAUUAAAAAAAAAAAAAAAAUGUAUAAAGAAUGUCUAAAACUAUAAGGCGCUACGCUAACACCGGGCCUAGCGGCUAAAUAGCAGCGGUUAUAUUAACAUAAUAUUAGCCACCGCAAAGUCUGGGAAUCCUCAUAAUAAAUAAGGUGUAUUAAUGACAGCAACGUUCUCACUGGAUAUUAUGAUUAUGAUGAAGUGACUGCUUGGAAUAACCACUAAAUAAGUAUACAGGUAUAUAUGAUUAUUGUUAAGAACCGCUGACUUCAGUGGGUUUCUUUAAUUCAUAUACUUAAUCAGUUUCUAUAAAUUAAUGCAACUGUAUUAACUGAUUGUCACUGGACUUGUGCAAGUGCAGCCUUGUUGCUCGUAGCAGCCAUUCACUGGACGCUGAUAUUCCUCUAAUAACCAGAAUAAAUCGGCCUCGUGCAGCCACUUCUAUCCAGGGAAGGACUUUUUAGUCGGAUAAUGAGGGUGGUGUAAAUCAUCUGUUCAGUAGAGAAAUCUAAUCAUGUAAACCUGGCUGGAAUAAAUCCAUGAUUUUCCAUGUGGGGACAGACGGACAGAAACAUGGAAGUGUCUCUGGGUCAUUAUAUAAUUGCAGGACUUUUUGAGUUUAACCAAACAGCACAUGGCAUUUUUAUGGAAAGAUUCUUCUAAAUAUUAAGAUUAAAAUGAAAUUGAAAGUCAUUCAUAAAUAUACUGUAGUGACACUGUUGACAUGAGACAAAUCCACUAGUUUAUAUUAAAUAACUAAUAAAGAGGAGGAAGAUCAGGUCAUGUGAUCUGGAUUUAACACAUUGAGAGGUUUGUUAUUUUCCAUAUAAAAUUUGAUACAUUGCAAAAAAAGAAACAUGUGUCAUGAUUAUCUCAACAUAAGGGAAAGAAGUUAUUUUGUAUGAACUCACUUUAUUAUUGUUUAACGUUUGUUAAUUUGAAGGUGGCUGCUUGUUAUUUAGUUACAUUUUAGAAAUAUCUGGUUCUGGUUUUCGGUAUCUGGCUUUUUUUUUUUGUUUUUUUACUUUUAAUAAAACUUCAGAAGUCCCUCGGUAUAUAGUGACCCCUCUAAUCAUGACGAUUUUGGUUAAAUAAAUAUCAUCCUUGCAUCAGACUGAACUGAGAAGCUUAAUGAUUCACUAGUUACGAGAUGCGUUCAAUUCCAAAAAAACGAGUCACGCGUCUUUGUGAAAGAGUCAUAGGAUUGUGAAAGUUGUUGAACUGUACGUGUGUCUCAGUGCUUAUAUUUCUACAUAGUUCUGUUUUAGAGUCGAUGGAUCAGGGAUUCCAGAUGAGAUUUUUACAUUUAUAACGGGUCUUUUAGUAAUAAUCACCGUUGGAUGUAUUAUAACUGUACGUAAUGAUCACGUGAAGGUGUUUGAUCUUUUUUUGAUUUGCUCCCUUUUUUAGGGAUUUAGUUUAAUGAAUAUGUGAAAUUGUGCAAUCAGAUGUCCCAGUUGAUAUUAUUGUAAAUAAAUAAUAAAGUUUAUUGUGUUUUUUUAUAUAUA